AUGCCGAAAUCGUCAAGUAGGGCCCGCGCGCCUAGGACCUCCGAUGUGGCCCCCGAGUUCGACGUUAAUGCUCUUGCUCAUCUCACCUCCUCGUUAAACAAGAGCCUGGGUACUACGCAACACAAGCGAAAGGGACCACCUACCAAUGGAUCAAACCAACAACAUUCGAAGAAACAACGACCGUCCGUGGCAAGCCCGCAAAGAGAAAGCUCUGGGGAUAAUCUAAAAGAUCAGGGGGCACUUUUGGCAGAAAUAAAGGAGCUCGGGGGAGACGAAGAAGACCUCGAACUUAUCAACGAAGUCGAUUCCGAUGACUCCGACUACGCGGCGGAACCGGCUCGCCCAAUUGACAAGACUCUUAAAAUGGAGUUGGCGGCCCUUUCCAAAGAACUUGGUUUUGCCGAUAUCGUGCCAGAAGAGGCCAGCGAUGUAGAUAUGGACGAGUCAGCCGAGGCAGGGGAUGAGGUUGGGGAUGUGGAGGAAGAGGAGGACGACGACGACAGCAAUCAGGAGGACAUUGCGCCCAGUCGCAAACCUGGAGGCAUGGCAAAGUGGCAUUCUGCGGGCCUGAAGUCCCUGCCAGGCCCGACUACUGAACAGCUUGGCCCGUUCAUGGGUGCCGUCGAGUCUCUCAAAAACCAUGCCCGAGAAUUGCUGGAGCAGGAUGCCGCAAAGUAUAGGACAAGCAUCUUUGCGUCGUCGUCGCACAAAUUCCUGUCCACCAUCAUGUCCUCGGGUACUCUCACCGACAAGGUAUCCGCCCUCACCUUGGCCAUUCAGGAAUCCCCUGUUCAUAACAUCCGCGCCACGGAUGCCCUCAUAGCUCUUGCGUCCAAGAAAAGCCGCGCACAGGCCAUCGGUGCCAUCGGUGCACUUGUCGACUUGCUGGGACCCGGAACUCUACUGCCCUCGGACAGACGUCUGCGGCCGUUUCACUCCCAGCCUGGUUUGCUGGGUACACUUCAGAAAACGUCAGUCAGAUCGUGGAACCCCAGUCAGCCUCUUCCCGGGAAGGUCACCGGUGCUCAUUUGAUUGCCUGGAUGUACGAGGACUGGCUAAAGGAGACCUACUUCAAGAUUAUUCAGCUGCUCGAGGCUUGGUGUUCCGACGAAAUCGAAUACUCGCGCGUCAAGGCGGUGGACUUCGUCUAUGGCCUUCUGAAGGAAAAACCAGAGCAAGAGUCCAACCUUCUCACGCUUCUUGUCAACAAACUGGGCGACAGGGACCGUAAAAUUGCCUCUCGUGCGUCUUAUUUGUUGUUGCAAUUGCAGGUUUCUCAUCCUGGGAUGAAACCCAUCAUCAUCCGCUCAGUGGAGCAGGAUAUCCUCCUUCACCCCUCGCAGGACACACGAUCAAAGUACUACGCCAUCAACACUCUGAACCAGACGAUCCUCAGUAGCAAGGAGCCUGCCGUUGCCGAAUCACUCAUCCGCAUCUAUUUCGAUUUUUUCGUGUCGUUACUAAAGACUGGUAACUUGGGAUUUGGGGAUCUGGCCGACAUGGCAAACUCGAAUGGGGCUGACGUCGCAAGCGGGAAGCCAAAGGGGCCAGAUGGAAGGCCGACGGGUGGGAGGUGUGGGAGGCGCUCCGGCGCUCCGAAGCCAACGGUGCCUGAGACCGAGGCAGCAGACAAGCUCGUGUCGGCUAUCUUGACAGGCGUGAAUCGUGCGGCCCCCUUUGUGGGCGUCAACGAUGCCAUCAUGGACCAUCAUCUUGACACGCUCUUCAAGAUUGCGCACUCGGCCAACUUCAACACGAGCAUUCAGGCGCUUCUUCUUAUCCAACAUCUCUCAUCGACGAAGCACUUCGCCAUGGACCGAUUUUUUCGGGCGCUGUAUGAAUCGUUGUUGGACCCGCGUCUAGUUACAUCGUCCAAGCAGUCGCUCUACCUGAACCUCCUCCUGCGGUCGUUAAAAAGCGAUGUCGACGUUCGGCGAGUCAAGGCCUUUGCCAAGAGGAUGUUGCAAAUCGCCGGCUUGCACCAGCCACCAUUUAUUUGCGGAUUGCUAUACGUCAUCUCGCAGCUUCAACGGACUUUCCCUGAUUUAUCGAAUUUGGUCGAGGAUCCGGAGACAUCUGUCUUUGAUGAUGAGACGUCGAAAAACCAGCCAACUUAUGACGGUCGGAAGCGGGAUCCAGAACACAGCAAUGCUCAACGGAGCUGUCUGUGGGAAAUGGUUCCCGUCCAGACACACUUCCAUCCCUCGGUCAGUGUUUUCGCAGACGCGCUGCUGGACAGGGGCCGAGACAUGCCGAAACCCGACUUGGAGAGUCACACCCUCAUCAGGUUCCUGGACAAAUUUGUGUACAGGAAUCCCAAGUCGACCGACUCUGCGCGCGGCGCCUCUAUUAUGCAACCUCUUCGGACAACAAAAGACUCUGGUGAUAUCUGGCUAGGCGGCAGGAGCGCAAGUGCCUCCGCAGUAUCUGUCAACUCGGCUGCUUUCUGGAACAAGAAGAUUGAGAGUGUUGCUGCCGAAGAUGUCUUCUUCCACGAAUACUUCCAGCACAUUCCCAAGGAACCCGCAGGGAAGAAGGCGAAACAGUCAGUUGCCGAGGAUGGGGAGAAUGGCGAGGAUGAGAUCUGGGAGGCGCUGGUGUCGGAGCAGCCAGGGAUUGACAUCGAUGAUGAAGACUCCGGUAGCCUUGAUGGCUUGGACGACCUGGACAUGCUUUCAGAUGACGGAUCUUCGCUGGCCUUCUCCCUGGAGAGCGAUAUGGAGGACUUCGACGAAGACCAGAUAGCAGGCACCAGCGAUGGCGGUUCGGGGUCAGACGGAGAGGAAACGAAAGAAAAGGAAAAAGAAGAAGGGAAGGACAAGAAGGUCUCGCGGCGCAAGAUGCUCAAGAGUCUUCCCAUGUUCGCGUCGGUGGAUGAUUACGCAGAGAUGCUUGCUGAGGAGGAUGGCAUGUAG